CCCGAAGCUCCUAUAAAUAGGAGGUUUGUGGCACUUACGAUCACCAACCAUAUAACUGGCUUGUUAUUCAGAGCAGCUUCCGUCAGCACAAGGAACAGAAGUUUUGCUCCCAUCCAAAAGAAAUAUUCGCAAGUUUUUCCGGCUGGAGUAUCAUGGCGCCUAUGCUUCCAAAAUCCGUGGCGAUCAGAUCAGAAUUCUCCAGAGGUUACGCAUAUUACAUGGCUGAAAACGAGGCAGUACGUGGUUUUAUACGUUGUGAAGGAGAGAAUAUUUUGAACCCAUACGUGAAGAUUGAGGUUGAGACGGCACAAAUUGAUAGCAAGUUUGUUCACCUCCGAUUUUCUCAUACCAACAAAUACUGGGGGCGAAGUGGUCCAGGUUUUACCCAAGAUGACUAUUGGGUUUCUGCUACCUCCGAUCAGCCAGAGGAAGAUACAUCCAAAUGGUCAUGUACGUUGUUUGAGCCAAUUUUUGAUCACGGAUUCCUCUUCUUGCGCCACGUUCAAACGGGAGGGCGUGUGCGAACAGAUGGUCCUAUUGGUGCCACAGGGCCGGUAUCCCGUCUUCUGUUAUAUUUUCGUAACUAUGAUAAUGUUCCCUAUUUGGAUUUCACUUUUUUCGAUUUGGGAACAUUAUGCAUACUGCCGAAGCGUGUAGCAUUCAGAGGGUACAAUGACAUGUACCUCAAAGCUGAGUGGAUCGAGCGCCACGAAUACUUGCAGUUCUCGUCGGAUGAUGUUAAUGAGAAAGCAGCGGGCUACGAGAUCACAAUGAUGCCGGAUGGACAUGUUCGCCUAAGGUCUAAUUUCUUUAACAAGUUUUGGAGGCGCAGUCCGAAUUGGAUAUGGGCAGAUUCAACUGAUACUGUUGGGAGUGAUAGGGACACUUUGUUCUGGCCGGUCAAAGUGAACGACGACACCAUCGCUCUUCGCAAUGCGGGUAACAACAGAUUCUGUAGCAGUCUUACCGCCGAGAGAAAGACAGAUUGUCUUAAUGCUGCGGUUGCCACCAUCACCAGAGAAGCAAGAUUGCAAGUGGAAGAACUUGUUUUUGAAAGAAGUAUCUUCAAUGUUAGAUUUCUCAUGGAGUAUGCUCGGAUAUUUGAUGAGAGAGCUACAGUAGCAGGCUGGGGUUCUGCUGAAAAUCAGUCAGAAGAAGCUGCUACUUUAAGUAUCACGGUUGGAUAUGAAGAUACUACAUCUUUUACUUUCAGCAACAGUUUAGCUAUAACGGCAGGGGUCACAGUGGGCAUCACAACUGGAUUACCACGCAUUGCGGAAGGAAAGAUUGAGAUUUCUACUGAGGUAACUAAUACGUUAGAGUGGAACAGAACCACCUCGGAAACAAGAACCGCAUCAGCGACAUAUCUAGCUAAUGUGCCGGCUAGGAGUAGGAUUAGAAUUGAUUAUGUAGCAACACGUGGCACGUGCAAUAUUCCCUUCUCCUACACACAGCGAGACAGGCUUUCUCAUGAUGGAAGUUUUGCUACUACUCAACAUGUCGAUGGUGUUUAUACUGGUGUCAAUUAUUACAGCUUCCACUUCGAGCAGCCUCAGAUAGUACCACUCUGAACACGUACCAAGAAGUUUGGGUUCGGCGUACUAGAAGAUUGUCUUCUUCCUAGCUGCUUCCCUCCUCCUCCUUCUUUGCCCUUCCCUUCAUUUGGCCUUCUAGUCUUUUCAUUUCUGUCCUGUGUUUCGUGGCUGUUCUUGUCGGCAGGUUUUUGCUUGUUUUUCUAGUCAUGUGUUUGUUGCAUGAAACAGGGACUCUUGUCCCUCGUAUGCUUAGAGUCUGGUCUUUUCAUCCAUUUGCUCUCUUAGUUUAGAAGAAAAGAAAAACGUGUGGCUUGACAUAAUAAGUGGUUAACAUAUGUGUUUGAGAGCGUUAGAAAAGAAAAGAGUGUAAAUGAAUAAAAAUUGAUAUGAUAAGUGUUCAGUAGACCUGUUCAUGGGCCUGGGUACCCUCCCGGCCCGGCCCAUGAACAGGUCUAGUGUUCAGCAUAUCCACGUACCCAAAACAGAAAGAGUGACUUCUAUAGUUACUUUGUCCUUUUCCA